AUGCGGCGCGUGGGCUGCCUGCUGCUGUUGGGGAGCGUCCUGCUGGCCGGGGGGGCGCCCCCCGGCCCGUGCCCGUCGGCGUGUCGCUGCCACGGCGACCUGCAGCACGUGAUCUGCGAGGGCGCGGGCCUGAAGAAGAUUCCGCGCGUGUCGGCGUCGACGCGGCUUCUCGACCUGCAGCGGAACCCGCUGGGCGGCGUGCCCGGCGGCGCUUUCGCCGACAGCGGCGGCCUGGUGUCGCUGCACAUGCAGCGCUGCCGGCUGCGCCGCCUGGCCGCCGGCGCCUUCCGGGGCCUGACGCAGCUGGUCUACCUGUACCUGUCGCACAACCGCAUCGCCGGCGUCCACCCCGAGGCCUUCCGGGACCUGGGCCGGCUGACCUACUUGCACCUGGACCACAACCGCAUCGCCGAGCUGGCCAAAGGAGUCUUCUCGCCGCUGGUCAACCUGUUCGCGCUGUUGCUGGACGACAACAAGCUGCGGCGGCUACGACCGGGGACCUUCGCCGGCGCCGGGGACCUGCGGCGGCUGCACCUGAGCGGCAACGAGCUCAGCGCGCUGGACGCCGGCUCGCUGGACGACGUGGAGAACCUGGCCGCGCUGCGCCUGGACGCCAACCGGCUGGCUUCCUUCCCCGCCGCCGCCCUGGCCGGCCUGCGCGUGGUGGAGGAGCUGUCGCUGGCCGGCAACCCCCUGGGGAGCGUCCCGGACCGGGCCUUCCUCAGCUUCGGCCGUUACCUGGAGACGCUCUGGCUGGACCGCGCCGGCCUGGAGAAGAUGUCGGACGAGGCGUUCGCGGGGGUGACGGCGCUGACCUCGCUCCACCUCGACGACAACAAACUGCGAGCGCUUCCCAGAAGCCUGGACCUGUCGCGAGUGACCAAUCUGACGGUGGCCAACAACCCCUGGACUUGCAGCUGCCAGCUGGCGCCGCUCCGCAGGUGGAUGGACGCCCACGGCCGGCGGCCGACGGACGCCCUGUGCGCCUCGCCGCCGUCGCAGCGAGGCAAGCGGGUUCGAGAAAGCGCCGUCUUCGCCGCCUGCCGGGCCGAGCCCAAGCCCAAGAAGAACAAGGCCGCCGCCGCUCGCCAGUGA